AUGUCGGAGCCAUUUGAGAGCGGCUGGCUCCGCCGUGAUGCUCGCGGCAGGGCUGGCGUCUCCCCAGCCAAACCCAGGAGCCCCUCGAGGCCCCCCAGGGAGGGGCAGGCUUGCUGCCAGAAUGUGCCUGAGCCACAGGGGGACCUGGGGCCCUUCAACCCCGGGCUUCCGGCGCGGGUGCCGCUGUGGCUGGCGGUGAACCUGAAGCGGAGGCAGAAGUGCCGGCUGCUCCCGCCCGACUGGAUGGACGUAGAGAAGUUGGAGGAGAUGAGAGACCAUGAACGGAAGGAAGAAACUUUUACCCCCAUGCCCAGCCCGCACUACAUGGAGCUCAGCCAGCUGCUGUUGAAUCAUGCUGCCGACAACAUCCCUAAAGCAGACGAGAUCCGCACCCUGAUCAAGGAGACGUGGGACACGCGAAUAGCCAAGCUCCGGGUCUCAGCUGACCGCUUUGUGAGGCAGCAGGAGGCACACGCCAGGCUGGACAACCUGACCCUGCUGGAGAUCAGCACCAGCGGCGCCUUCCUCACGCGGGCCCUUGGCCGCAUGUACCGACUGCGCACCGGCCUCCAGCCCCCUGCCGGCACCCAGUCCCAGGACUUCUAGAGCCAGAUCCAUGGGGCAAGGCUGCUGGGAGAGUGCUUCGGAAAUGAGAGGUACUCCUGGUUCUGAACGUGUGGAAAAGGCUAACGAUGCGAGCCGUGGGGGGUGACGCCGUCGGAAGGACACCGUCAAAAGACGGCUCCAUGAGCAGUCCCUGGGUCCACAUCUCUCUAGGGCCAGCCUUUCUUUGGGGGGGGGCUGGUACAAACUGUCACCUUGUGUGCUGUGCUGCCUUGAAGGUGCACGCAGUGGAUGUGGCUUGGACUUGAUUCCCUGUGUUCUGGACAGGCUCUUGGCUGCCCUUGGCAUCGAGCAGGACGCUCCCCAGAGGGCCAGCGGGCAGGGCCUUCAGAGCCGACUUGGAGAAGCGAAGCACCCCCAGACAAUAAAUGCAUAGACCGAA